GGAUCCUUCACUAGGCGCAGUGCUGCCCUAAAAUAACCAAACCCAUUUCACAGCAAGUCCGAGGUCCCGUUCUCCCUUUCCUAUCAAACAGCCAAUUUCCCAUCCUUUAGUUCUCUUUCCUACCUAGUCAUUCUCUUUAUCUCGAUUUGCAGUACACCAUCUUUGGCAUCGUUUUUUUUUUUUUUUUGUCGGCAUAAGCAUUCAUCAAGCAUCGUCACUGUCCAGUCACAUUACCCACGUAUACCUUCAUCUCGACAUCGAUCUGAAUAACAUCCAUCUCCUCUUUAAAGCGCCUGCUUGAGCAUCAGCGCCUGUGCGCGUCCGCCUUCCAAGAUGAGUUACGGAUACGGUGGAAGAGAUCCUUCCUUCGACCAACGGGAUGGUGCCGCUGGUGCUUAUUCCCCGCUUGGUGAAAGGGACCAGUCUCCCGCCUCCUACGCCGGAGGCAAUUAUGGAGGAAACAAUAUGGAGAUGAGCUCAAUCACCACUGGAGGCUUAUAUGGCGGUGACCCGACUGCAAUUCUGAACGAGUGCCGGGACAUCGACAAUGGAAUCGAGCAAAUCGAAGCAAAUCUACGCGAGCUACGAAGACUGCAGGACCGCUGCCUCGCUGAGGCGGAUUCAUCCGCUAGCUCAUCGAGUCGGCAGCUAGACACACUCAACACGGAGACCAUGGCCUUGUACCGCACCAUAACUGAUCGCGUCCGCAAAAUCAAGUCGAGCCCUGAGGGCCGCCAGCCUCGAAACCAGGCCCAGGUUGGCCGCGUUGACCGCCGGUUGCGACAAGCGAUUCAAGACUAUCAGGGCGUCGAAUCCUCGUUCCGCAAGAAGAUGCAGGAGCAGAUGGCCCGCCAGUACCGCAUUGUGCGCCCCGAUGCGACCGAGGACGAGGUCAAGGCCGCCGUCGAGGACACUACCGGAAACUCGCAGGUUUUCCAGCAGGCAUUGAUGCAGAACAAUCGCGUGGGCGAGGCGAGAGCUGUGCUCAGUGCUGUCCAGGACCGUCACAAGGCUUUGCAGAGGAUUGAGCAGCAAAUGGUCGAGUUGGCGCAGCUGUUUGAGCAGUUGAACACGUUGAUUGUGGAACAGGACGUCAAGAUUCAGGCUAUUGAGCAGACGAGUGAGGAGGUGGUUGACAAUCUCGACAAAGGCAAUGAGGAGAUUGCAGUGGCUGUCCAGACGGCGCGGGCCACCCGCAAGAAGAAGUGGAUGUGCUUGGGUAUUUGCGUGGCCAUUAUCGUUGUGAUUGUUAUCAUUGUGGUGGUAUAUGUUGUCGUCACCCAUCCUCCAGGCGGCGGAAAUCGACCGGCGCAGAACACGAAGCGUGGUCUUCUGCAACGAAGCUUUCCCGAUGAUCUGCAGAUGAACAACGCCCGAGCUAUCCAGAUUGCCGCUCCCAUGGCCGGCCCCAUCUCUCGUAUCCACAGACAGUCAAACUACGUCGUCCCUGAUAGUGCCGACUCGGAGUCUCUUGUUAAGAGGCUCUCACCGGAAGCGUUCGACCGCAUCAUUUCGCCCUACAAACAAGCACCUGCAGGAGCGACAAACGCGAAACGAUUUGUAAUCACAGACGAAAUCCUCGAGUUUAUGGAACAGAAUAACGCGGUGGCUUCUCGCGGCCCUCAUAGGGCCGGAAAGCGCUUCGUCAUCACGGACGAAAUUCUGGAAAGUAUGAGAGGCGGCCAAGUGGCAGACCAUAAAAAGUUUGUUCCGGGUCAUCAUAACGAUGCGAAGGAUGGCAAAUGAUUGCUCUCAUUUACCUCAACUAUUUGCGAUAUCAGGUUUUGCAAUGUCGGGUUUGACCAUGCGCACGCUUUGCAACCUCGCAAUCUAUUUUUUGCGCCUUUUCUCCCUUGCAUCUCUGGGGAUCGACAUGAGUUUGUGGAGUUAGGAGGGGGCGGUUUCUUCGUUUCUACUGUCAUGUGUUUUGCGUUCUCUUCUGCACGCAGGUUGGCCGUUGGAUAUACAACGGAUGGAAUCGGGCGGUCAAGUGAGUGGCCGCUUGAAUCAUGUGUCUUGCUUCGAAGAGGAUCGUAGCGAAGGUUAGGCAGGAGUUGCUGGUAAACUCUGCUCGACCAUGCCAUAUUGUGAAACCUCAUACUCGCUUCGGAACCUCGGUGUUUAAACAUCAGCCAAGGCAUUCAUAAUGAACAAGAUCUUACUUCCAACAGUAUCAGCUGUUCUCAGAAAAUGACAAUAGUUUACAAUAUGCCAACCGGAAGGAAGUGCAGCGCACCGUUCGACGCUGCAUAGCUUGGUACGCCCUUCGGUAUCAUGUAAUAGGCAGGAAGCCCUUUGAAGGUUGGUAGAAAAUAAUGAGGAUGAGACUGCCUGGAUUUGUCAAGUGGGCCCCAAGAAAACCAAGCCCGUUAGAGUCCUAGCAGAGGGCCAUAUACCCCAAGCACACAAAACCCACAGCCGCCCGGUCCCCCUCCCCCUAUCCUCUUCACUCAAUCCUGAGCACGUAAAUCAUCACCUUCUCGCACUUCGGCAAGAAGUGUGUCCCCUUCCCCGCUAGCUCCGCCACCACCGUGAUUACGUUUGAAGCCUUGGUUGUCCAUAGAGGAUAUACGCCGUUGCCUCUCUGAACCUGCCUCGGCGACCCUCUUUAACACUCCGAUACGCCUCUCAAAGUCUUGCAGCAAAGCCGCGUAAUCCUCAGGUGCAGGGGGUGCCAUCGUAGCUUGCUUACCCUUACCCGUCAAAGAAGACUGCAAAUCACCUUCUGGAGUGGACGACGAUUUCCCGCCGCUGCCCAAACGCGAUGACGAUAGCAAUGAUGACGACGACGAUGGUGGAUCGAUGGCUAUUCCUUCAAUUUUGAGCAUUGAAGGACCAGUAUGUAGACUUGGCGAAGAAGCUGCAAAGACCCCUCCUGCUGCAUUGGCACUACCACUGCUGGCUUGAUCUUCCAUGCGCAUCACUUGUGCCGAGACCACUGCCCAGUCGGAAGACAGGCUACUGGCCCAUGCCACUUGGAGCCCAUUGCCGUUGGAAGAGGGCGCCACAUCAAGAAUAACGGCGCGAUCUCUCGGCUCCUUGUUGUAGAGUCUUUCAUCAUUGUCCGGACUUGGUGGGGCAUCUUGUUCGCUUCUUUCCUGGUGAUGGUACGCUAGUGCCGCGGUGAGGAUGUCGGGGUCGUCGUCAGCAAAGACGUAGUGCACGGUCGGAUGAUGGAUGGUCUGGCGCUGGGAGGAGUGGGUGCUGGAAGAUAGAAGGGUGAAGAAGGGAGUGAACGAUGGUUGGGACCCACCACCUUCUUCUCCCCCUUCCUCUCCCUUUUGUUGUUGUUGUUGCUGUUGUUGGUCAAUUCCCGGUAACGUGUGCUCCUCGACGCUAGGGGGUGGUUGAGGAGACGGGCUGUGGGAUUGUGCUGACGACAGGCGACGACUUUGAGGUUGAAGCUGGUCUGUCUGUACGUCGUGCUCUCGCCGUAAACUGGAGCGACUCGUCCGACUUGCGACGGAUGGUCGAGGACUUGAGGAGGUGAAAUAACGUGUGGCAGCGGCAGCGGCAGAUCCUGGUCGAUUGAAGGAUUCUGGCUCGGUCAUGAUCACUUUCAAGGUAUAGAUAUGGAGGCGAUGAUGCAAGGGGAAGGACGGCGGGAUGGCGG